AGCUUCAAGGUUCUGGAAGAACUAGGUUAACGAUUUUGUCAGAAGAAGAUGGAGCAGGAACAACAAAGACUUGAAAGCUUCUUAACAUGGGCAGCACAGCUUGGAAUAUCAGACUCAUCAACCACUAGCCAACAUCGACACUCUCUUUCCUCCUGUUUGGGUUCUUCUCUAUCUGUCUCUCAUUUUCCUCACUCUGGAGGGAGAGGUUUGGGUGCUGUGAGAGGACUUAAGAGGGGAGAAAUUAUUCUGAGAGUUCCAAAAUCUGCUUUAAUGACAAGGGAGAAUGUUAUGGAAGAUAAAAAGCUCUGUGUUGCUGUGAAUAGGCACUCUUCUCUGUCCUCAGCUCAGAUAUUGAUUGUUUGCUUGUUGUAUGAAAUGGGUAAAGGAAAAACUUCGAGGUGGCAUCCCUACCUAGUGCAUUUGCCGAACACUUAUGACAUACUAGCCACAUUUGGUGAAUUUGAGAAGCGUGCUCUGCAAGUGGAUGAGGCUCUAUGGGUCACAGAGAAAGCUAUAAUAAAAGCCAAAUCAGAGUGGAAAGAAGCUCAUCCUUUGAUGGAAGAUCUCAUGUUUAAGCCCCAGCUUUUAACAUUUAAGGCUUGGGUUUGGGCUGCUGCAACGAUAUCUUCUCGGACGUUGCAUAUACCAUGGGAUGAAGCUGGGUGUUUAUGCCCUGUGGGUGACUUGUUUAAUUAUGAUGCCCCUGGAGCAGAGCCAUCUGGUAUUGAGGGUGUAGAGCAUUUGCUAUCUAACUCUUCCAUCCAUGAUACUGUCAUAUCAAAUGAAGACGAGAAUAUAGCAAUAGAUGCAGAACAACUUGAUUCUCAUUCUCAGAGAUUAACAGAUGGCGGGUUUGAGGAAGAUGUCAAUGCAUAUUGCUUUUAUGCCAGGGCACAUUACAAGAAAGGAGAUCAGGUUCUACUAUGCUAUGGAACUUACACAAAUUUGGAGCUUCUUGAGCACUAUGGGUUUCUCUUACAAGAAAAUCCAAAUGACAAAAUUUUUAUCCCUUUGGACCCUGCUAUAUAUUCUUCCACUUCAUGGUCUAAGGAAUCACUCUACAUUCAUCAUGAUGGGAAGCCUUCCUUUGCACUACUAGCUGCGUUGCGGUUGUGGGCAACCCCUCAAAAUAAGAGGAGGUAUGUAGGACAUCUUGCAUAUUCUGGUUCUCAACUGUCUGCAGACAAUGAAAUUUUUAUUGUGAAAUGGUUAUCAAAAACUUGUGAUGCUGUCUUAAAGAAUCUGCCAACAUCUGUCGAUGAAGACACUAUGCUCCUGAAUGCAAUGGUUUAUAGUCAAGAUUCCAUGGACAUCACAAAACUAAUGUCUUUCAGGGAUGAGAUUUAUAGCUUCUUAGAAGCUCAUAAUAUGAAGGAUGCGCAUAGUUUUAAUGAUAUAUUUUUUUCUAGAAAAGCAAGAAGGUCCAUGAACAGGUGGAAAUUAGCUGUCCAAUGGAGGCUCAGAUACAAGAGAGUCCUUGCCGAUUGUAUCUCUUAUUGCAAUGAAACACUCAAUUCUUUCAUGACAUAAUGCCUUGAAGGACUGGUUGCAGUAUAGUUAGAAUUUUUCUUUUAUGUUAUCUUUAUUCAGAUAAUAGAUUCUUAUUGAUUGAAAGAAGGAAACGAAGGAAUACUAGUUUACUAGACAUGA